AAGCUUCGUCCACUUCCACAAGAGACAAUGGAGGAGCAGUAUAUUUCCAAACUCCACCCGGUAGUGGAUUAUGGAGCUGGGAUCUUUCUGCUGAUCAUAGCCAUCCUGACUAUCCUUGGAAAUUCAGCAGUCCUUGCUGCAGCUGUGAGACGUUCUUCCCUCCUGAAGUCACCAGAGCUGCUCACAGUAAACUUGGCAGUAGCAGAUAUUGGAAUGGCAAUUAGCAUGUACCCACUGGCCAUUGCAUCUGCCUGGAACCACGCUUGGCUGGGAGGAGAUGCAUCCUGCAUAUAUUAUGCCCUAAUGGGUUUCCUUUUUGGUGUCUGCAGCAUGAUGACACUGUGUGUGAUGGCUGUGAUUCGAUUCCUUGUUACCAGUUCAUCCAAGUCUAACAGUCACAAAAUCACCAAGAACACUGUUUGCAUCUUAAUUACUUUCAUCUGGCUCUACUCCUUGCUCUGGGCCAUUUUGCCCUUGAUGGGCUGGGGCUACUAUGGCCCUGAGCCAUUUGGGAUCUCUUGUACAAUAGCCUGGAGCAAAUUUCACAACUCCUCCAAUGGCUUUUCAUUUAUCUUGAGCAUGUUCCUCCUGUGUACAGUCCUGCCCGCACUGACCAUUGUUGCCUGCUAUUUGGGAAUUGCCUGGAAGGUUCAUAAAGCGUAUCAAGAGAUCCAGAAUAUUGACAGAAUCCCUAAUGCAGCUAAACUGGAGAAGAAGCUGACUUUGAUGGCUGUGCUCAUCUCAGUUGGGUUCCUGAGCUCCUGGACACCAUACGCAGCAGCCAGCUUCUGGUCUGUAUUUAACUCCAGCGACUCCCUACAGCCCAUCGUUACACUGCUGCCCUGUCUGUUUGCCAAAUCUUCAACGGCGUAUAAUCCUUUCAUUUACUACAUCUGCAGCAAAACUUUCCGUCGUGCAAUUAAACAAUUGCAGUGUUGCUGUGGCUGGCGAGUUCGUUUCUUUGGUGCUGACAGCUCUGCUGAAAAUCCUGUGUCAAUGACGUGGAGCGGGAGAGACAACGUCCGUCUCUCUUUGGCUGAUCAGGUGGUAAACCAGGGAGCUCCAGCUCACUGA